UUAACACAUUAAAAAAAAUCUAUAACAAGACUUGACCUUAGAUUUGCAAAUCUUUCCAAAAGUUUUGAGCAUACACUUGCAAAUUAGAACUUAAAAAGAUAAUAUCCUUUGUAAUUUUUCUUUUCACUAUUUCUUGGUGAUCUUGGGAGUGAGUGCAUCUUUAAGAAGUGGUACUUGAUGGUAAGUGAAGCCUUUAAGAGAGAAACUGUAACAUCCCCUUGUUGACCCGCGUGUCUUGCUCUUCUUCUUCCUCCCGACCCCUACAACCCGACAAGCUCCCCAGCUACCGCCACCCAUCUCCGACCGGGAACACCGGUAAAGCUUGGAGAUUUCUCCUCCUUUUCUUGUUCUAGAACACCUAUUAAACCCAGAAUUUUCCAGAUCUACUCUCUUCCCUCUGCCGCGAGCUCCCUGUAGCUGGGUGGGUGAAAUUUUCGGUUAUUUGGUUCUUCUCCAAUUCCCACCAGCCUUUAAACCCGCCAGGCUCGGUUUGGCUUGCCAGAAUUCUCUGGAAGCAAAGUCAAGGACGGGAAAAAAUAAGGGGAGCGGCAAGUUAGAAAGCUAGCCAUCUUAUAAAUUGAACAUAGAUUU